AUGGGGGUGUAUAUGUUUAUCAUAGUUGGAAAUGACAUCUACUACCGAGAAAACUAUGCAUUGUAUGAGUCAGAAUGGCGUCACAGCUCUAUGUGUACAGCUGCUGGUUUUCUUGCAACACUUUCGUGUGAAACGUCAGCGUUGUUUGUGCUGCUCAUCACACUAGAGAGGUUUUUGGUCAUUAGGUUCCCACUUGGUCCGUACAGGAUUAAACGCCUCAAAAAGUAUUUCUUACUUCUUGUGUCCUGGAUAGUUGGCAUCGUUUUGGCCGUUGUUCCUUUGGUGUACCCAGAUUGGGGCGUGUAUUCCUCUAACGGCAUGUGCCUUGGCUUGCCAAUGAUAAGAAACCAAGAAUCAGGAUGGGAGUAUUCAUUUGGGGUUUUCUUAAUUUUUAAUUGCAUCUUAUUUAUUCUAAUAGCCAUUGGUCAGUUGGCCAUCUUUCUGGCCAUGUCCAGAGAAAAACCUCAGCUCCAAAGUAGCCCCGACAGUUUAGCCAAGCGAAGACGUGAGAUCAUGGUCGCCAAAAACUUGUCCCUGGUUGUCAUGUCCAAUUUCCUCUGUUGGUUUCCUGUCUGCGUCAUUGGUCUAAUGACCGCGCGUGGUCACACGUUCAGUCAGCAGACGUACGGCUGGCUGGCUGUGUUUGUGAUGCCGCUAAACUCGGCCGUUAAUCCGGUUAUCUACACACUUCCGGUUGUGUACAAAAAAUGGGAGGACUUCAAGAACGGACAAAUGAGGAACACUCUAAGCCCACAUGUAACACCGAAUUGA